UAUUGUGAAAACAGUAUCCGGCCGCCGGCCUGUCUGUCUGUCUGUGUGUCUGUCUGUACUAAGUUGCUGCUCUGCUCAGUGGUGCCAACGCCCGGCGAAAAACACACUUAACAUUAGCUAGAAGAGAUACGGAAGGACACUGCUAACGUAAUAGAGAGCCCAGAGAUGCAGACCAUCAAGUGUGUGGUGGUGGGUGAUGGGGCGGUGGGAAAAACCUGCCUACUGAUUUCAUACACCACCAACAAAUUCCCCUCUGAGUAUGUACCCACAGUGUUUGACAACUAUGCAGUAACUGUAAUGAUCGGGGGUGAACCAUACACCCUUGGCUUAUUUGAUACAGCAGGUCAGGAGGAUUAUGACAGGUUACGACCACUAAGCUAUCCACAGACCGACGUCUUCUUGGUCUGUUUCUCAGUUGUUUCACCGUCCUCGUUUGAGAACGUUAAAGAAAAGUGGGUCCCAGAAAUAACUCACCACUGUCCCAAGACCCCAUUCCUGUUGGUAGGCACUCAGAUCGACCUGCGUGAUGACCCCUCUACAGUGGAAAAGUUAGCCAAGAACAAACAGAAGCCAAUCACCCCCGAGACCGCAGAAAAACUGGCUCGUGACCUUAAGGCCGUCAAAUACGUUGAGUGCUCAGCCCUAACACAGAAAGGAUUAAAGAAUGUGUUUGAUGAGGCAAUACUGGCUGCCCUGGAGCCUCCUGAGCCUAAGAAAAGACGUAAAUGCGUUCUGCUCUAAGUUCCACCACAGCCUUCUUCACACCAGUAUCCAAAUCUAGGUUGACAGUACUGGAGAGGUUUUCUGCACAAGCACAUUCCAUCACUAUUCGAGAAUAUCAUUAAAUAUUAGCCUUCACUGACUUAACCUAGAAACAUAUUCAAUGUGCUGAAUGAGAUUUUAAGGCUUGAGUAAUGUUUGUGAUGAUUUGAUGCCAUUGAAAAGGUUGAUGUGAAACCAUACCAACAAAUUGUAAAGGACACUCAGAAGUAAGGUUUCUGUUUGACCACAUUAUGUUUAGUGUUAUUCUGAAAGAACUGUCUGAAAAGGUAUUUUAAUAGCGCUGUUGUCUCAUAUGUCAUAUAGAACAGACAAGCGAAUGAUGAGUAAUUGAAAGGCUCAAAUUCCGCUUCAAGUAAUUCCCUCAAGGUUUAUGAUUUUAUAUGAAAUGCUCAACCACAGCACACAAGACCUGGUUGACAUCAUUGCAUAGUUCCUCCAUCACCAGUUGGGUGUCUCUUUCAGAUGUAUACAUCCUGCUUUGGUCGUAGAACUCAAACGCAUGUAUUUUGUUGAGAAAGAUUAAUCUAUCCAGAGUGUUUUACUCAAUGUCAGUGGCCUCCGGGCAGGUCUAACAAACACACGAUGGAAUAUGACAUUUCUAGGCCAUGCUCUUUAGUUUGCCAAAACAAAACCUGCUAAAUUAACACCUGACCAGGUAUAGAACCACAGGCACAGACCAAGGUGUAACGUGUGUGUGUAUGGUACACUACAUUAAAAGCUGUGUAUCACAAAAAGUCACUGUCACUUUGUCAAUGUAAGACGUUUGAGCACAAUUCCCAUGUACUUUUGUGACAGAGAUGAGUUAAAGAGGGGGAUGCAUGUCCUGAAUGAUGAUCAAAAGUUGCAAUAGUUGGAACUUUGUAGGAAGUCAUAAUGCCAGACUAAUUCACUAUUUUUGUAAACUGAACAUACCUGUUGCUACUCUGCAGUUACUGAUAGUUUAAGAUCCUGUGAAAAUUGAUCUGACUGAACUAGCAAUACUACAUCCAUGCCUUGUGGGUUUGAAUUUGAUGUGUAAAUAUAGUGAGAUCACUCAUAACUUAUUGACUGAAUAAAACGUGCAUUACUGAUAACGAGAAGUUGAGAUGACACUGAAAUUAACCAGGAUGAAAAUGUUUCUUUGAUUUUUAUUAAUAUUUGACAUCCAAGUUGUACUGUAUCUUGCUUGUAAUAAAGCAUCCCAGUAAACCAGUAUUAUGAUUAAAUCUUACUACAAAUA